AAUUCAACUGCCAUAGGAGCGCGCACGUCCGAGCGCUUCAUUUCAAACAGUACCAAACAUAAAAGUCUGUGUAGAUAUAAAUUGUAAAUUCGGCAUGAAUCUCCUGCUGGGUGUGGUAUUGCUGCAAUGCAUAUUUCAAAGCUUCGCACAAGAAAUAUUUGGACGUUGUCGGACGCCAGCGGAACAAUCUGGCACCUGCAUCAGGCUCGUGGAAUGCGAUUAUCUCUACCAAAUGGUUAACAAGCGCUCAAUUUCCCCAGCUGAACGCACUCUACUGCAGAACAGUCAAUGCGGCUUUCGCAGUGGCCAGGUGCUGAUUUGCUGUGCCAACAGUCGCAACAUACCCCAGCCAGUCUGGGGAAAUACAGGAAAUCUACCGCAACCGCAACCACAACCUAAUCCUGAACCCGCGAUGCCAACGAGAUAUUCCAGUUUGUUACCCCAAGUACCCAAUUGUGGUGAUAACUUUGGAAAUCGCGUCCUAGGUGGUGUGGAUACCGACAAAAAGGAGUUCCCCUGGCUGGCACUCCUCGCAUACACCAAACCUAACAAUGUCAUUGGACACCACUGUGGCGGUUCUUUGAUCAACAAUCGAUAUGUGCUGACUGCAGCACAUUGCGCUCUUGCGAUUCCCAAUACUUGGCGCUUGACGGGCGUGCGUCUGGGCGAGUGGGACACGUCCAUGAAUCCGGAUUGCAUCCAGGAGAGAAAUGGUCGAAGGGAUUGCAAUGACCCGUAUGUGGACGUGCCAGUCUCUCAGAUUAUUGCGCAUCCCCAAUACCCUGUAACUGAGAAGGAUCAGCAUCACGACAUUGCUCUGCUGCGUCUCCGAAAUGCGGUGACGUUCACUGCAUCUAUAUCGCCGGUUUGCCUUCCCCGACUUCCAGAGCAUCAGAAUAAUUUAUUCCUGGGUCGGCAAAUGAUUGUCGCCGGCUGGGGUCGCACCGAGACAAAUGCAACAUCCACUGUCAAGCAGAAGGCCCAAAUCGAAUCUGUUUCUGCGUCUGCAUGUGCCCGCCGUUAUAGCCCCCGACGCACACUUAUCCCCAAUCAGCUCUGCGCUGGUGGAGUCGAGGGAAUAGAUUCGUGCAACGGCGAUUCUGGCGGACCUUUAGUUUUGGAGGAAAUCACUGAAGGCUUUGGCAACUAUUUUCUGACCGGGAUCGUGUCUUUUGGUCCCACACCCUGUGGCCUUGCUGGCUGGCCGGGAGUUUACACUCUUGUCUCCGCAUAUAUUGAAUGGAUUGAAACCAAUAUUAGACCAUAAGAACUUGAACUUACUCGCAUGUGCAAAAGACAUUUUAAUCUAAUGAUUAUUAAAUCACUCGUAAUACAA